AGGCUCCUUCAAGGGGAUGUGCAAGAAGAUCGAUCACCUCCCAGACGACACGGAGAUGGAGGCCGACUCUGCCGAGUACCUGCUACGCGUGGUGCGAGCUUCCAGCGUCUUCCCCAUCCUCAGCGUGACCCUGUUGCUCUUCGGGGGGCUCAGCAUCGCCGCCAGUCGCUUCUACAAGUCCAAGAACAACGUCGUCCUCAGCGCCGGAAUAUUUUUCGUGUCGGCAGGCCUGAGCAACAUCAUCGGCAUCAUCGUCUACAUCUCGGCCAACGUGGGCGACCCCAACCAGAGCCAGUCCAAGAAGAACAGCUACUCGUACGGCUGGUCCUUCUACUUCGGCGCGCUCUCCUUCGUCGUCGCCGAGAUGGUCGGCGUCCUCGCCGUGCGCAUCUACAUCGACAACCACCGGCUGGAGCGGGCGCGCUUCCGCCCCGACUUCCUCAAGAGGUCCACCGUGGCGCGCCUGCCCAGCUACGUCUACCGCUACCGCAGGCGCUCCCGCUCCAGCUCGCGCUCCAGCGACGACGAAGGCGGCGAAGGCGACGGCCCGGCAGCCGCGGCCGCUCGCUCCGACGACGACGACGACGACCGGACCGCCGCUCUCAAGGGCUACGUGACUCCCCCGCACCAUCCUCUCCAUCCUCCGCCGGUGGCGUUGACGCUGUCGCAUUCCCAGCAGCUGCAGCAGCAGCAGCAGUCCGCCAACGACAUGGCCAUGUACGCGCUCGCCAACAGGGACGGUGUGGGCAAGGGCAUCCUGGGACCCGCGUCCUACCUCAGCUCGUCCGAGCGGCUGGCGGCUGAGGCCGGCUUCCUGCACGUCCACAACUGCGUCCACAAAGAGCUGCCGGAGGGCCUGCUGAGCAGCAGCCUGGCCAACAGGAGGACCACGCCGGUGUGAUCGUCCGCGCUGAUGAGAGCUGCUGGCGGAGAGCGGCGGCGUUGUUGGUUUUUUUGUUCUUUUGAGCUGGGGGCGCCCCCCCCCCUUCACCUCCAACCUCUCUGUUGUCAAAUGCUGAGCUGCGAGGUGGUCCGGUAGAACGGGGCCCCCCCAGGUCAUGUGACACCGUCAUGGAGCUGAGCGGUGUGGAUAGUUACUCAUUCAUCACCCCCCACCACCACCACGCUUCGAGGGCCCUUCCCUCUCUCCCUCACCUCUGUCC